UACACGUCCAGCCAUCAGACAGGAGAACUCAGAGGAGCUGACACGAGUCACCAAAAGAUCUAAAGAAAUCUACUUAAUUUGCAAACUUAGACCAGUCCAACCAGCUAAGAUGAAGACAUUCAGUGUUGCAGUUGCAGUCGCCAUCGUGCUCACCUUCAUCUGUAUCCAGCAGAGCUCUGCUGUCCCAACAGCUGAGGUGCAGGAAGUGGAGGAGCCAAUGAGUGUUGAGUUCCCACUUGCUGAGCAGGAAGAGACAUCAGUGGACUCCUGGAAGAUGCCGUAUAACAUCAGAGAGAAGCGCGGCAUCAAGUGCAAGUUUUGCUGUGGCUGCUGCACCCCCGGGGUCUGUGGAUUGUGCUGCAGAUUCUGAGGAGUCCUUCUCCAACAUUCAUAAAGGCUCAAAUCUUUCUGAUUUUUGUUCAAGCUGUUUUUAAUGUGAAUGUGCGACCACUCAUUUUUCAUCUAAAUAUUUAAUUCUGCUGUGUAUAAUCACAAUAAACUUUAGUGUCACCAUACCA